CUCUGUUUCAAGAUGGAGGAUAUUCGGAUAUUCCACUUUCUGAGACCGUAAAAAAUGUUAAUUUUUGCAAAAAAUUAAAGUAACAUUUUACAAAAAUCUCCAAAAACAAUAAACAAUGCCAGGUUGCUGUGGAUGUUGGGAGGUCCUUAGACCACCAAGGUACAAGCGAUUGGUUGACAGCAUCUUUCCUGCUAACCCACAGGAUGGUUUGGUGAAGAACAAUAUGGACAAAUUAAUAUUCUAUGCCAUGACUACAUCUGAAAAGUUGGACAGGAUUGGAAUGUAUCUGGAACAGAAACUUAGUAGAAGCAUCAGCAGGCAUAGGAUUGGGUUUGUUUUUGUGGCCAUGGAUGCCCUGGACCAGCUGCUGGUGGCUUGUCAUGCCCACUCCCUGAAUCUGUUUGUGGAGAGUUUUCUGAAGAUGGUACAGAAAUUGUUAGAAUGUGAGGAGCCUGAGCUUCAAAUCCUAGCCACCCAAUCAUUUAUAAAGUUUGCUAACAUUGAAGAAGAUACUCCAUCUUAUCACAGAAGAUAUGACUUCUUUGUGUCCAAGUUCAGUGCCAUGAGCCACAAUAAUAACCGAGAUGAAACCAUCAGGGCAAAGUUCAGAGGUGCUGGACUUCUGGGUUUACAGGGAGUGGUCAGAAAGACGGUCAGUGAUGACCUACAGGUCAAUAUCUGGGACCCUGUACACAUGGACAAAAUUGUUCCCUCUCUCCUGUACAACAUGCAUACACCUGAGUUUAUGUCGGUAAACUUGGAAAGCCCAAGAGAUGAAGAACAUCCAACUUACAUUGCUGAAAUGGUGUUCAGAGAUCUGGUAUGCAGGGCUUCCUAUGGAAAUGUCAAAUCUGUCCUCCAGCCUGUACUACGACAUAUCGACAAUCAUGGACUCUGGGUGCCAAACGAUUUUGCUGUGAAGUGUUUCAAGAUAAUAAUGUACUCUGUACAGAUACAGCGUGAACAACAGUAUGGUUACCUAGUUAUCCAGAUGUUGAUGUCACACCUUGACACACAUACCAAUAGUGACCCCGGCAUCAAGGCCAGCAUUAUAGAGGUUCUGUAUGAAUCUGUUCUCAUCUCUGCUGGAGGAUCUAUAGGGCCUUCUGUGUUAGAUGUAUUUAAUACUCUUCUGAGACAUCUGAAGACAUCUGUGGACAAUAAAAGUUCUGACAGCAAGAAAAGGGCAAUGGAGGAAAAGUUUGAAGAGGCCAUCAUUAGUACCAUAGGUGAAUUUGCCAACAAUUUGCCAGAUUACCAGAAAAUAGAAAUAAUGAUGUUUAUUAUGGGGAAAUUUCCACAGUUUGGUCAAAAUGAUGAGAUGGGAUCUUCUGUGGACAACUACCUACAAACCAUGCUCCUUAAAACUUUACUUAAGGUUGCCACUAAAUACAAGACUGUGAUAAUGAACAAUGCAUUUCCUCCCGAGUUUCUUCAGCCAUUACUUAGAAUCUCACUGUUAGAGGAGCCAGGAUUACGCGUUGUAGUGCAGGAGAUAUUACACACACUGUUAGACAGACACGAUAACGCCAAGAAACUUAGAAAUGUGUGUAUUCCUAAAGAUGUUGUCGCAGAGCUGGACUUGACUGUGGAAAAAGUUCCAAGGCAAGACAGUCUAUUCAUGAAGAAGAAUGGAAUACAGUUUUAUUGGCAUAUCUUAGAGAAUUUACAGAUGGAAUCCAACAGAGUGGCUAACUUUGAAGCCAUUUACUGCACAAUGUGCCUCAUAUCUAUUGAGAUGGGUGGAGAUGACAUUCUAGUAGAGCUUAUAAGAUUAGCUCUUGAUAUCCAGCAAACGACCCUGGAAUCCAGUCUGCCCAGUACUCACAAAUGUUGUAACCAUGCUAUCGUGGCUGCCUACCUCAACCUGGUGGCACACAUCACCAACAUGUCACCACUGGUACAGUACCUGUCUGAUCUGGUAGAGGUGAGAAAGAAGGAGGCCAGCCACCUACUCCCAGAGUUUGCUUUCAACAGAGCAAACAGACCCACAAGAGAUGAAGAAGCUGACUAUCCACAGAAUGAUAAGGUAGAAGACAGAUGGUUGUUGGAUCAGACAACAUUACAGGAAAUCCUGACGGAUUGCGGUCAUGACGCCUCCCGUCUUAGUUCCCCCCUCGCUCUCAGACCACACAGCUCCAUGGGUGCCGUGAUUCAUGAUACCGUUCGUCGAGACUCAGCUAUGGCCAGCAGUAUAAGUGACCUAGGUUCCAUUAACAUAGAACUCGAUAGCCUUGAGAACUCACCAUUGUUAGCUCGAAAAAAGGUUGAAGAGAUAACAGUAGAAUCAUUAAAGAAGAUGUUAGCUGAAGACCCAUCUCAGAAGCGGGAAGAAGAAGCCAAGAAAAGACAGGAAAUAUUUGAAACAUUCCAGAACGCACCUUUUGAGGAAAUUAUAGCCAGAGCUGAAGCUAAGUCAAAUCACUUCCAUGAAAAGCUGUACGAGAUUUUAGAGAUGACUCCACCAGAAAGUCCAGACCACGCGAAGGGAAACCAGAAUGCUGUGCCUGUGUUUGAAAUGCAGUUCCCUAGUCUCUACGUUUACUAAUUCACUUCUUUCAAAAAUGUCUUUUUUAUAUAAAUGAACUUACACAGCAUUAUUUAUUUAAUUUAUUGUCAAAGACUUUAUCUAUCAUAAGCAAGCAAACACUGGUCUACUGAUGGAAGCUGAUGAAGUAAAUUUGUAAUUUGUGGUAUUUGUUUGGAGAUGAAGUAAAUUUGUAUCCAUUUCAGUAUUCCUCACACAUAAUGUUUUAAAUUUUUUACCUAGGAUUUGUUCGAAUUAUUUAAAUGUAUAAUUUAAAUUUAUGUUCUGUGCAAUAAUAGUAGCCAUCUACUUCUUAGGGUAUUAUUAUAAUAUUCUAGUGUUUUAUUUAUUGAAUUAUCAAUGGAAAAUGUCAUUUUAAUUAAUAAUAGGGAAAAAAAUAAAUACUGUAAUAAUAAAA